AAUUAAUAGAUUUCCAUAAAAUAUUGUUAAUUAUUGCCAAGAUUAUAUAUAAAAAGAAUAUUAAAUAAAAUGGCUCGUAAAGGUGGAGCACCCGCAGAGGACUUGUCAAAUGUAGAAUUUGAGACCAGUGAAGAUGUUGAAGUCAUACCCAGUUUUAAUGCCAUGGGCCUCAAAGAAGAAUUACUCAGAGGCAUUUAUGCAUAUGGUUUUGAAAAACCCUCCGCCAUUCAGCAGCGUAGUAUCAAGCCCAUUGUAAAAGGUCGCGAUGUCAUUGCCCAGGCCCAAUCUGGUACCGGUAAAACAGCCACUUUCUCCAUAUCCAUAUUACAGAGUCUGGACACGUCUCUGCGUGAAACACAAGUUUUAUGUUUAUCACCAACACGCGAGUUGGCUGUACAAAUUCAAAAAGUAAUUUUGGCCUUGGGUGAUCUAAUGAAUGUCCAGUGUCAUGUUUGCAUAGGAGGCACAAAUUUGGGUGAAGAUAUACGCAAAUUGGACUAUGGUCAACAUAUUGUUAGUGGCACGCCGGGUAGAGUAUUCGAUAUGAUUAAACGACGUGUUUUGCGUACCAGAGCCAUUAAAAUGUUGGUCUUGGACGAAGCUGACGAGAUGUUGAACAAGGGUUUUAAAGAACAAAUCUAUGAUGUGUAUCGUUAUUUGCCACCCGCCACACAAGUCGUUUUGAUAUCGGCUACAUUGCCCCAUGAAAUUUUGGAAAUGACCUCGAAAUUUAUGACAGAUCCUAUUAGGAUUUUGGUAAAGCGUGAUGAAUUGACAUUGGAAGGAAUUAAACAAUUCUUUGUAGCCGUCGAACGUGAAGAAUGGAAAUUCGAUACCUUAUGUGAUCUCUACGAUACCUUGACCAUAACUCAAGCUGUUAUAUUCUGUAAUACAAAACGUAAAGUGGAUUGGUUGACGGAAAAAAUGCGUGAAGCUAAUUUUACCGUCAGCUCCAUGCACGGUGAUAUGCCACAAAAAGAACGUGAUGAAAUUAUGAAGGAAUUCCGUGCUGGCCAAUCACGUGUACUCAUUACCACAGAUGUUUGGGCACGUGGUAUUGAUGUACAGCAAGUGUCGCUGGUCAUAAACUACGAUUUACCCAACAAUCGUGAAUUAUAUAUACAUCGUAUUGGUCGCUCGGGUCGUUUUGGACGCAAAGGUGUGGCAAUUAAUUUUGUCAAAUCUGAUGAUAUUCGUAUUUUACGUGAUAUUGAACAGUACUAUUCAACACAAAUUGAUGAAAUGCCAAUGAAUGUGGCUGAUUUGAUUUAAGUUGCAGAUAAAAGAGAGUAUAAAU